CUUGUGUCCACUUGCGUGUGAUGUUACUGUAUUCUUCUUCCUCCCAUUUCUAUAAAUUGAUGCUCCUUCUCCUCACAUUCUAUUCAUUUUUCUCACACUCUCUCUGAAAUCAAAAUGUGUGGUGGUUCUAUCAUUUCUGAUUUCAUAGACGUGGAUAUCAAGAAUGCUCCACAAUCCACCACCCAACACCUCUUCUCUCACCUCCACACUUUCCACGCCACCUCUUCUUCCACACUCCAACCAUCUCACCACACACACAACAAAGUGGAGGACCCAUGUGAGAAGGUGAAGAACAAAAGAGCCGUUGCAGAGAAGGGUGAGGCGCGAGUACGGAAGACCGCCUACAGAGGAAUCAGGCGAAGGCCGUGGGGCAAGUGGGCUGCGGAAAUAAGGGACCCACGCAAGGGUGUGCGCGUGUGGCUCGGUACCUUCGCCACUGCCGAAGAAGCCGCACGCGCCUACGACGACGCCGCCAUGCGCAUCCGCGGAGACAAGGCCAAGCUCAAUUUCCCCCGCCACCACCAUCACCAGCACCACUCAUCCAACAACAACAACCCAUGCCUCAGCCCCGAGUUGACUCAGCCCUGUUAUCAACCCACUUUUAAUAACCUCGACCAGGACCCUGAACUCGCGCACCAUAUUUCCAACCUGGAAUCGUUUCUCGGUUUGGAGCACGAACAGGUUCCGAUGCAGGCGCUACCACUUCCUGAGUGGGACCCGCUCCACGACGUCGUUUUGUCCAACCACCACCUCUUCUGAAACCUUGUUACUGUUAAAUUUAAUCUUACAUGCUUUUCUUUGUGUCCCUAACUGAAUUCCCUCUUCUGUUUCACUUCUAUGUAUACAACUUUUCAUACUCUUUGUUUUCUCCUUUUCAUCAUCCUUUAA